CGCCACCCAGCAGCACCCAACCCCCACCAUCGCACGGAAGCAAUCGUCGGAGAACCAAAGAAGAAGAAGAAGAAGAGUAAGGGAGGACGGAGAGAGAGAGAGAGAGAGAGAGCGACGCCUUGAUUUGGGUCUUUGAUUGAGAUGGAGGUCACCCUACCUCGCGAGGAGGAUAACAACGCACCACAGGCGGCCGCUGCAGGAGGAGACCGAGGAGAGAAGGACUUGCGCAUCGAUGUUGCUUCUGUUGAGACGGAGCGGUAGCCACCCACCUCCAUCUCUUUUCCAUCGCCCCACCUCCCCCUCCAAUCGAUCUAGGCGAAGCCUGCUUCUAGAUUCGUUGUUCGUCAUGUCCGCGACGGUGAUUAGCGGGGGAGAAGCUGUAGCCGCGGCGGCGGCGGUGGAGGUAGAGUUCGCGGCAUGCGAUUGCUGCGGGCUCACGGAGGAGUGCACGCCGGCGUACAUCGCGGGUGUCCGGGAGCAGUACGGGGGGCGGUGGAUCUGCGGCCUCUGCGCCGAGGCCGUCCAGGACGAGAUCCGCCGCUCCGAGCUGCUGAUCUCGCCGGAGGAGGCCAUGGUCCGCCAUGCCAGCUUCUGCCGUAGCUUCCGCUCGGCCGAGGCCGCAGCGGUGGAUCCAGCGGAGCAGCUGAUUGCCGCCGUCAGGCAGCUCCUCCGUCGGACCCUCGACUCGCCGCGGGCGGCUCGGUCAACCCCGAGCAGCCCCCGAACCGCGGUGACCCGGACCCGGAGCGGCUUCCCUGCGCUGCUAGGGUGAGAACUAUAAGAAUCCGAUCACGCCCAAUUUCCAGUUUCCAUGGAACAAAUCGAUGCUUCAGUCACCAAGAUUGUAAGAAUCGUUCAACGUUAGGCUAUAAAAUUUGCGGAAUUUUGGAAAGACUACAUGUCAUUGGAGUGAAAAACAAUAAUAGAAAAUGGAAGAAUUCCAUUUGUCGAAAUUCUCAAAACAGAGGUUUAGGAGCAAUUUUCUAGUAAUUUGGCAACAAUGAAAUGGAAGGAUAUAUGAAGGGUUUGUUGUGGUCAUUACUAGUUAGUAGUUGCAUGCAUUAAUAAGAUACACUCUUGAGCCAUAAGAGGAAUAAUCAUAUUCACAUCCAUAUUAAUGCUUUUCAGGUGUUCAUUUUGGUGGAUAUUUAGUCUAAGAGAACUACGUCUUCCAACUUAUUCAGUACUGACUUUUAAUAUGAGUGUUUUAGGUGAAAUUUUCUUGUAGUUUUAUAUGUAUUAUAUACCUACAAUUUAUAUACAUUGGUAUUAGGAAAUUUACAGCUUGAAAAUUUCCAA